CUUGAAUUUAAACUACAUAAUUUUAGGUGUAUUCAACGAAUGAUAACUAUUUAUUGCUUUCAUCGAUAAAUGUGAGUGAAUUUUUAUUUUCUUACAACAUCCCACACGUUUUCUGAGUACCAAAAUCAAUCUUCAACUCUACUCAAGCCACUAAAAAGAUGAUGCCCACGAAUUUUUCUUUGAUAAAAUAUGACAAUCCUUUACUUAUAACUAGAAAUACAGUCAAAAAAUUUCCAGGGGCCGCUACUUUAAAGGGAACUCAAAAACCUGUGGACACUGCUGACAUUCCUGGUGUUUCACCUAGAGGAAAGACGAGCGUGACUGAAGCUAAGAGCAGCCAACAAACAGAAGAAAUAUUAAACUCGAUCCUUCCACCUAGAGAGUGGAGUGAAAAUAAUCAGCUUUGGAUUCAGCGUGUUUCUAGUACGCCAGCAACACGUCUUGAUGUUGUUGGUCUGCAAGAAGAGCUCGACAAACGAUUACAACAACGUCAAGCAAGAGAAACAGGAAUAUGCCCCAUACGCAGAGAACUUUAUAAUCAAGUAUUUGAUGAGUUAAUAAGACAAGUGACUAUUAACUGCGCUGAACGUGGUUUGCUUCUCCUUCGCGUUCGCGACGAGAUAAGGAUGACAAUCGCAGCAUAUCAAACCCUGUAUGAAUCAAGCAUAGCAUUCGGUAUGCGUAAAGCUUUACAGUCUGAACAAGGGAAAACUGAUAUGGAACGAACGAUUGCUGAAUUAGAACAAGAGAAAAAAGAUUUAGAAAGACAAGUGUAUGAAUCCAAAACUAAAUGUGAACAGAUUGAAAAACGAGCAGCUGAACAAAGACAAUUGGAAGAAAAGAAGCAUCAAGAUGAAAUACAAUUUUUGAAAAGAAAUAAUCAACAACUUAAGGCUCAAUUAGAUGGAAUAAUGAAUCCGAAGAAAUAAAUUAUCCGAUAUAUAAACAACGAAAUAAUUUCCAUAUACACAUUUUAUUCUUAUUUCUUACUUUAAAGCUAAUAAAAAUCGAUAUAGUUUGAUAAUAAAU